AUGCUGUCCGCAAUUGCCUUAUCAAUGCUUUUGGCUUCUGCCAAUGCUUGGACUCCCCAGUCCAAUGCAAAGGUCUUCAGCCGAGACACAAAAAAUGUUAUGAGGUGGCUUCCCGGCAGCGACAAAUUCCGUGGUGUCAAUCUAGGCUCCCAGUUCAUCAUCGAACCAUGGAUGGCCUCUGAUGAAUUUGCCAGCAUGGGCUGUGGCGGGCUCAACGACGAGUGGUCUUGUGUUCAAAAACUCGGCCAGAACGCUGCUGACGCCGCUUUUCAGAAGCACUGGGACACCUGGAUUACGCAGGACGACAUCAGCGAAAUCAAGAGUCUGGGUCUUAACACGGUCCGAAUUCCUGUGGGAUUCUGGAUUCGCGAAGAUCUGGUUCAGGAGGGCGAGUUCUUUCCCCGUGGAGGCAUCCAAUAUCUGGACCGCCUUGUAGGAUGGUGCAACGACGCCGGCAUCUAUGUCAUUAUGGAUCUUCAUGGUGGUCCUGGAGCGCAGUUCCCAAACCAGCAAUAUACCGGCCAUGGAGUCUCCCAGCCAGGCUUCUACACCCAAGACAACUACGAGCGAGCAGCCGACUUCCUGGAGUGGAUGACGGAGCGCAUCCAUACCAACGCAACCUACGGUUCUGUCGGUAUGCUUCAAGUCAUCAACGAACCUGUUCACUCUGGCGACUUCCCCAGUCAGGCGGCCGACAUGGUUAACACCUACUAUCCACUUGCUUGGAACCGUAUCCGAGACACCGAGAACCGCCUGGGAGUCUCUGACGACAAGCGCCUACACAUCCAAUUCAUGGACGCCUCUUGGGGCUCUGGAGACCCCACCAGCGCCCUCCCCAGCACCGACUUCGCCGCCUUCGACGAUCAUCGCUACCUCAAAUGGGACACCAGCGUCGCCACCACGAAGGACGGCUAUAUCAACGCCGCCUGCAAUGGACAGCGCUCAGCCAACGCUAUUAUCGGCGAGUGGUCCAUCUCUGUCGCCGAUUCCGUUCAGGAUAAUUCCGAGCUCGGCAUCCGCGACCGCUCCGACCAAGCCGGCUGGUACCAGCAGUUCUGGGCCGCCCAGGUACAGACCUUUGAGAAAUCUGCCGGCUGGGUCUUUUGGACGUGGAAAUGCAACUGGAUUUCGGGAUUCAACGAAUGGAGAUGGUGUUAUCAAUCCGCAGUUAACGAGGGUGUGAUUCCUAAGGAUGCAGGCAGUGCGGCGAGUAUCAGCCCUUGCUAG